AUGGAGUUACUAAAUGGACUUCCUAAAAGUAUUCGGCAUGAAGAUAUAAAAUUUUUGUCUUCUAAAACAGUAGAAAAUGCGAUUUCAAAUGGCACGCUUGAGUCCGUAAGAAUUUUCAAUCGUCACUUAGUUAGUGAAAAUUUGGAAACAUUACUGAAAAAAUGGUUAGAUGAAGGUGAUGAGCAAUGUGCAUUUUAUCUCGGUCAGAUUUACUUCGAGAAGGGGGAAUAUAACGAAGCGUGGACUUAUUUCCGAAUGGGUUAUGAAAAGUUUAAUGAUCAUAAAUCGAAGUUCCAACUCGGUAUUAUGUUAUAUGACAAUCUAGUCAGUAAAGACGUGACAAAAGUUUCAAACCCACAAGCUAAAGCUUGUGAAUUUUUUAAGGAGAUUAUGACCUUGAACGUCCAAUUAGCUUUACCCGUCGACGAAAGAAACUUGGUUUUUAGUGCAGCUUUUAAUCUUGGAAGAGCAUAUUAUCAAGGCUACGGAGUAUGUCCAUCUACGGAAGAUGCUUUGAGGUGCUUUUUAUUUGCUGCGAACAAUGGUGAUUCUAAAGCUUGCAUUUCAGCUCAAACGGCAGUUGGCUAUUUAUACUCAGGACCAGAAAUUCGUGAUUUACAAAAAGCGUUUCAAUGGCAUUCUGAUGCUUGUGGAAAUGGUAGUGUUGAAUCUCAAGCCGUAUUAGGUGUAAUGUAUUUAUAUGGAAUAGGUGUGAAAGAAAAUUGUGAUAAUGCUUUAUUCUGUUUAUCUGAAGCUUCAGCAAGAGGCAGUUUAUAUGCUAAAGCAAAUUUAAUUUACUUUUACUAUCGACGGAAAAUGUUUACGAAUGUAUGUUACUUGGCUAGCAGAAUGGUAACUUGUGACAAUUUUGUGACAACAUCAGAAUGUAUACAAACAUUUCAAUAUCGAGCUAUGUCAAUGGCAUGUUUUCUUUAUGCAUUAUGCUUAAAAAGUGGUAAAGGUGUACAAAAAGAUGAACUAUUAGCUGAUCAGCUAUUCUCUAAGAGUGUUGAAUGGGACCCACCAUUAGCCGCGAGAUAUGUAAAUUUAGUUAUAGCAGGCGAAUUGUAA